GCAAGGUCAGCGCAUCCGGUUGUACGUCCGGGGGAUCGUUCUCGGAUACAAGAGAUCGAAGUCGAAUCAGUACCCCAAUACCUCUCUUAUUCAAAUAUAGGGUGUGAACACCCAUGAGGAUGUGGCAUGGUAUCAGGGUAAACAUCUCGCGUAAGUCUACAAGGCGAAGACGAAGACCAAGAAGAAUGACUCCAAGUACUGAUGUAUCUGGGGCAAGGUAUGCCGGCCGUGAGGUUUGCCGGCCUCACAGCAACACGGGCGUAGUUCGAGCAAGAUUCAAGAGCAAUCUGCCGCCCAAAUCCAUGGGAGCGAAGGUGCAUGCUAUGAUUUACCCUAUCCGGAUCUAGAAAGGAAGAGUGCCUAAGUCCGCCUUCAACUAGGCUGU